AUGUUCGACCUCCUCGUCGUAGGCGCCGGCCUGAGCGGCCUGCAGGCCGCCCUCUCCGCGCAACAAGCCGGGCUCACCGUCGCAGUCGUUGAAGCUCGCGACCGCGUCGGGGGCAAGAUCUGGAGUGUCCCGCUGGCUUCGGGGCGUGGGUAUGCUGACCUGGGCGGCGCCUGGGUGAACACGACACUGCAGAAGCGAGUCGGCGCGUAUGUCAAGCAGUUUGAACUGAAGACUGUCGUCCAGCGACUGGAAGGCAAGGCCAUCAUGCAGGACGGUCCGCAGAGUCGAUUCGAGUUUCCCUUUGGGGUGACGCCGAGCGAGUUCUCAGCAGAAGAGAAGAAAAGCCUCGAGAUGGUCCGAGAUCACAUCCAGGCCGAGUCGUUGAAGCCCGGUCCACCAAAAGUCGUAGAUGACAACAUCAGUCUAGAUCAGUACGUGCGCAAUCUAGGCGCGUUGCCCGCGACGGUCAAAAUGGUCAAUAUCUGGGCGCAGGUCAUGCACGGUCUCGACUCUACAGAGUACUCAGCAGCGUGGUUCAUCGACUACUGCCGCAGGAAUCACGGGCUACUGGCUAUUCGGGCGGACGAUGCGAGCGGGGGACAGCACCUGCGUUUCAAAGACGGUGCACAAUCUCUCGCCAACGAGAUCGCCAACCUCGUUGGCGCUUCCAACAUCCACCUUUCCUCCGCUAUCGCCAGCAUUAGCGACCAUGGUUCGCACAUGAGCAUCACAACAACAACAGGCCGGACCUUCACAGGCCGAAAAGUCAUUGUCUCCAUCCCAAGCACCAUGUACAAAGAGCUCAACAUCCAGCCACCCCUCCCUCCGCGCCUCCAGACCGUCACGAACGCCACAGUGCUGGGAGACUAUAACAAAGCCAUCGUCUGCUACGAUAAGCCAUGGUGGCGCGACCACGGUUUCAACGGGUACUUUGCAUCCUACGUCGGCCCUAUCAUUCUAGCCCGUGACACUUCUGUUGAUGAGGUCGGCAACUACUGCCUCACCUGCUUCGUGAAUGGGAAGCCAGGGAGGGAGUGGGGAAAGAUGCGCCCCCACGAGCGCCGCGCUGUGGUGCUAGCACAACUCGCACAGGUCUUCGGGCACGAAGAGGAGGUGUAUAAACCGAUCGAGUUCUUCGACCAGAUCUGGCAGCACGAGACGUAUAGCCGGGGCGCAUUAGCGCCAAUCACUGCCUUGGGCCAUCUUACAGAGUAUAAGGACGUGUACGGGAAGAAGGUCGGCAAUCUGCAUUUUGUCGGGACAGAAUAUAGCGACGAGUGGAAGGGGUAUAUGGAAGGGGCAAUCUGCUCGGGCGAGGCUGGGGGGCGCGAGGUCGUUGAGGCAUUGAGGGGGAAGGAAAGGUCCAGUCUGUAG